CCGUCACCUGUCUGGCUUCUGUGCGCAGUUGCAUGCUGCACCUCUGUCGCAAUCCGUCAACGAUGCAAUCGAAUCUGCAGCGGCGAGAGUCACACACUUUUUUAAUCCCCCAUCCUUCUUAUCAGCAACUGCACUCCAAGCAGCGUUAUGAUCCCUGACUAUUCACCCCAGAUGGCCCGCUUCACAGGUGAAGCCGGCGCAGCCCUCGUUUUCCUCAUCGCUUACCUGGCGAUCUUCGCGUGGAUGCUCUUUGCAUACCUCACCCACCGCAUCAAGUGGCGCUCUCGCUACUCGCUUGUCUUCUUCCACGUCACCGUCCGCCUCGCCUCGCAGGCAUGCGGGAUCGCAUUUGGCAUCCUCGGGUUCUCGAACACGAGUGUGUUUCUGGCAUUCCUAAUUCUCGGCGCAGAGGGCCCCCCACCGAAGGUGCUCUGCGCGUUCCGCUUCGUCGUGUCCUGGCACCAACACAAUCUCUCCAGUGGCGAAUCCUGGCUCGAGCCCCGCGAUCCGCCCAACACGAACAAAUGGCGCAAGGGCCUCAUCUUCACGCUCCUCGGACCGCUCGCGUUCGUCGUCUACGGCGACCACCCGAUGGUUUUCUUCCACUCCGCGCUCGUCGCCGCCAACGUUGCCAUCAUCGUCGGUGGCUCAUACCUCGCCGGCGUCGACUACACCGACCUGAACUCGGCCGACGCACGCCACAGGAUGCUCGUGUCGCGCAUCACGCGCACCACCGGCCAGAGUGUGUUCCUCGCAGCCAACUGUUGA